AUGGCCAAGAUUAACCAAGCAACCAUGGAGGACAUUGGAGAAAAGGGAAGGCCACCGGGAGACCCUCCUGAUGCACCAAGCUCUUGGGUAAAAAAGGUUAUAGGGUGUAACGAGGGGGGGAUGCCUGUUCCAGAAGAAGUUGUGGAUGAAGAGUUUGUGGAGUCGAGACUGACAUUAGAGUUCCCGAAUGGAGAGGAUGGAGAGCCAGUGAUAACGAUAGGGGAAGAGGUACUGACGGCUAUGAAUAGCUUGUGGAAGAGAUGCAUGAUUGUUAGGGUUUUGGGAAGGAAUGUCUCACUUCUGAAUCUGACUCGCAAACUGAAGGAGUUGUGGAAACCUAAUGGAUCGAUGUUUGUCAUGGACCUACCAAGGAAUUUUUUCAUGGUGCGUUUCGAGUCGGAGGAGGAGUACAUGAAUGCACUGUCGGGGGGGCCAUGGAGGGCUUUUGGUAGCUGCCUUGUGGUACAAGCAUGGAAUCCAGAUUUCGAUCCGUUGAGAGAUGAGAUAGUCACAACGCCGGUGUGGGUUCGAUUGUCGCAUAUCCCAGUUAAUCUUUACCAUAAGACCAUACUGAUGGGUAUAGCCAAGGGAUUAGGGCGACCGAUAAAGGUUGACCUGACAACUCUGAAGUUUGAGAGAGCUAGAUUUGCGAAAAUCUGCGUGGAGGUAAAUAUCAACAAGCCGUUAAAAGGGACAGUGGUGAUUAAUGGCGAGAGUGUUGAGAGAGCUCUAGCUACUGCGUCUACCCCAGUAACAAAACCGCAUGAGAUUACGGGAGAUAGGGGGAUGGUAACUGAAUUUACCCAAGUGAGACCAGCGAGGAGAAGACCAGAGCAACAGAAUGGAGGAGGAGGCUCUAUGCGAAAUAAUGAGGGAAGAGAUAUGAGGGGAGCUAAAAUAAUAGCGGGGAGUAGAGUAAGGGAAGCACGCAAUGGGAGUGCGGUGGAGAUAAUAAAGGUGUCAAACAGAUUUGGAGGAUUAGGUGAAGAGGGGGAGACAGAGAAACUAGAAGAGGAGGUUGGAAGAGAUGGCGCGAAUAAAGAGAAUGAGAAUACCAUAAACCUAAGCUUAAGAGGUUCAAGUAGAAUGUUUGGGAAGGAUGUGUCGUUUGCAGCGAAGGAAGGGAAUGAUAAGCACAUGUCAAUCAAAGUUGGGCAAAAAGAUAAGAAGGCCGGGAAUUUACGAGGCCCAAAUCCAUUUAAGUUUAAAUCAAGAAAUGUUGGGCCUACACGAGGUCUGGUAUUUGGCCCAACGAGGGGCGAAAUUGGACUGUCGAUGAGUGGAAAGAGGUUGCGGGUUGAAAACGAGUGUGUUGGCCGGCCAGGUGGUGCCUUCGCUGGUGUUGGGGAAAUCUGA